AUGGGGAAAAACUCGAAAAGUGAGGACACUGGACUGUCUUUGGGGAAUCAUAGACCAGGAUUUGUUAUAUGGGGCAUGCUUCACCAUCUUCAUCAUUACAGGUGGCAUUACGGCAAGAAGAGGCUCACCCGCAAACCUCAUGGCUCGUCAAAACUGUCCACUGAUGAAGGGAGCACCAAAACUACUUCGGAUGCUUCUGAGGCUCAAGAUAGUGUCCGAUCAUCAGUGGAAAAUUAUGCGGUUGGGACAAAACCCGUGGUCCCUCACCCACCCCACAAGAACUCCAUGAAAUCCCGAAUAAAAGCUCUUCUUGCUGACGAGAUGUCCCGGAGGAAGGGCCGCGGCCGCCACCGGAGGAGCACCUCCUGUCCCAUGCAGGCCCCGCUCGACCAAACCAUCGUCAUUCACCACCCGGAAUCUUCUUCGGGCCCGGGCCUGCUUGCUGUCAGCAGGCCCAAACCCGAAAGCUGCCAUUCCCAUCUACCUGGGCCCAGUGAGGAAAACGGCGGCCGAUCCCCGACUUGCCAACUGUGUGCCACGAUGCUCAAGUUGAACUACCUGAAGCAGAGUGAGGUCAGCAGGUUCGGGUGGGACCCGGUCCGGGACCACACCCUUCUCCAGGACAAGCUGGUUUAUGCGAUCGAGCAGAGCAAGUGUGACUCUCUGCAGGAGUCGAAGCUGUUCAUGGAUGCUUUAGACCUGCUUGACCUCAGGAAGGAAGUAUUCUUGAAAAUCCUGCAAGACCCGAGCUCGGCCUUGGCACAUCAGAUACAAUGCAGGCGGGCCCCCGGGGAACGGUUUGGGCUGACGAAAUCCGUCUCAUUCCCAUCUAGAGGCUUGUCAUUCGGAAUAGGUUUCGAGGCAGAAAAAGGAGGCAGCAAGCUCGAGCUCCCAGCGAACGUGAUGAAAAAGCGUGACAAGAAUAACAAGGUUGCCCUGAAGCACUUCAAGAAUCUGAGGGAGAAGAUAAAGCAUGUGAUCUGGGACAGGAAAAAGGAGAAGAAUCGGAUUAUUAUGGAUGCCGUGCACCAUAAGAUCCCUUUCGGGCAGAGGGUCUCGAAAAAAUUAAGCUCGGGGGGUGAAAUUAGUUGCUACAGUAAUAAAGGAGGAAAGCUUGGCAAGCAGCAGGUCUACAAAAGAACGUCGUCCUUCAACGAGUCGUACGAUAAGUAUAACCGUUUGCUCGAUAUUAGUUCAAAUAAAGAAGCAAAGGCAUGUACAAACGGUACCCUGAAGAGAAGAACAACAGAUGACGAUAAUAAUUGUCAUUACAAUAAAACUGAAGACAUCAAUAACACUAAUAGUAGGAACCCAUCUUCCCUGAGCCGGCAGGCCGUGCUUAAGAGGAUCCUUUCACUUCCUGAUAUGAGGUCAUAUCCGUUCAGUCACUUAGGAGACUCUUGUGACACGAGUUUGGUACAUGCUACAGAUGGAGCAAAUUUAAGUAGCAGGUUAACAGAAGAAAAAUCGUUCGAAUUAGGUCUAGAGAUUAGUGCGGUUGGGCCACAUGCUGUUACAGAAAGCGUGAGCCAUGAGAAGUUAGAUGUGGGGUCAUCUCUCAAUGAGUCGGUUGACUCGAAGACAUGGGAAACAGCUUCGUCACACGAUUUGAAUGUGGAGGUGGGUCCGGCUACGGCUCCUCAACCAUUGGAUUCAGGUCCGGUAUCUGAGGACGAGUUGAGCUACCAGGAAGAUGAAAUCGGGCCAGUGACUGCGUUAGAAGACUCAAAAUUCCCUAUGGAAGGCAAUCCCAAUCCACCAGCUGCGCAGCUCGACUCAACAAACUUGAAUUCCCGGGCAAUCGAGAAACUGUACAGCGAUCUUGUGCACUUCCACGUGGACCCCAGCAACAAGGCCGAGUUCAACUACGUGAAGGACAUACUCGACCUGUCGGGCCUCAUGCGGGACGAUCCCCUCGGGAGAUGGCACUCCGCAGCUGGGCCUGUGGAUCCCUCGGUUUUCGACGAGGUCGAGGGCCCCGAGUGCUCGGAAAACGAGACAUGGGACAACCUGCUCCUGUUCGACUUGGUGAACGAGGUCUUACUGGACAUACACAACAGGUCAUUUCAGUAUUGGCCGAGGCCACUGGCUGUGCAGUCGAGCGUGCACCUGAUGCCGAGGGGUCAGCGAGUGCUCGAGGAGGUUUGGGCCGAGAUCGAGUGGCUGCUGAGCCGGAGGCCUGAGGUGGAUCAGUCGAUUGACGAAGGAGUGGGACGGGGUCUUGGUAAGGGCAACCGGUGGAUGAAUGUUCAGACGGAUGCCGAGUUUGUGGGGGUCGAGGUCGAGGAUUUGAUAUUCGACGAUCUUCUUGAGGAGAUUGUUUCGAAUUGA